CGCCAGGCAGACCAGUGUUGGCUACUGCUGCCUCAGAAAGUCCAAAGAAGUAGCCGGCUGGUUUGCUAGCUAGCACUAAUGCACAUAGCUUGUGCGUUGCAUGAUCAAUUUCUCAUGUCCAUCGCUUUCAAGGCUUGGAAACUUUAGACUUAUUGGCAACUAGGCUUCCAAUGUGAUUUCUGCCAUGUGAAAACUCACAGGCAUCCGGCUACCUGACGUUAGCUAUACAACUAGCUAACUAGUAGCUCUUACAGUACUAGCUAAGGUUGCUUUGCUAGUACCAGCUACAGGUACCUUGCUAGCCGGUGUUAGCGAAAAAUCCCUCUCAGCUGCAGGACAUGGCUGAGGUAAGAUGUCGGAGGGCGGUGUUGCCAGGAGAGCUACAGGAUGGCGAGGAAGACCUGGAGUCCAAGUACAAACUGCACAAUACAGGAGAUCCAGUCAGUCAUGAUGAUGUAGAUGCCACGGACGUGGGUGGUGAAGAAGGGGCACAGAAGUCUGUAAAGAAGCGGGAAGAGAAGGAUGACGGAGAAACUAAGCCAGUGGAGGAGAAAACCGGAGAAAAGAAAGACGAGACUGACAAACAGACGCCGUCUCCUGUUAAAACAUCCACACGCUCCAGUAGAUCGGUGAUGCUUCAGCGGCUAGUGAAGCUGUUCUUUGGCUGCCUAGCAGCAGUGACCUGCGGGAUGAUGUAUGCGGUAUAUCUCUCUACCUACCACGAGAGGAAGUUCUGGUUCUCAUCCCGACAGGAACUGGAGCGCGAGAUAACCUUCCAGGGUGGCAGUGGACUGUACUACUACUACUAUAAACACAUGCUGAUGGCACCCUCAUUUGAAAGAGGUGUCUACGAGCUGACCAGAGACAAUAGGACCGUGUCUGGUCAGACCAUCAACGUGGUGGAGCGUCUGUCUCUAUACCCAGAGCUAGUCACCAGCCUCCUGUACAGAGUCACCGGGAGUCAGGAGGUCAUCGAGCCUGUGUACUUCUACAUCGGGAUGGUGUUUGGUCUCCAGGCCCUGUACGUCACGGCUCUGUUUGUGUCUAGCUGGGUGAUGAGUGGGACCUGGGUGGCAGGUAUGCUGGCCGUGGCGUGGUACGUCAUCAACAGGCCAGACACCACCAAGGUGGACUAUGCCAUCCCACUGCGGGACAACUGGGCCCUGCCGUACUUCUCCUGCCAGGUGGCAGCCAUGACGGGGUUCCUCAGUAACAACAUCAACUCUGCCACAGAGAUGUUCUGCUAUCUUCUGAUGAGUGCCACGACCUUCACGUUCGUCCUGGUGUGGGAGCACAGUCACUAUGUGCUGUUCGUCCAGGGCUUGGCUCUCUUCCUGCUGGACAGCUUUGACCUUGUACAGCCACGCAAGAUCGCUGACAUUCACAAGGUGUACCUGAGCUCAGUGUUCCUGGCCUACGUGCUCCAGUUUCAGAACCCUCGUCUGCUCAGCUCUCCUCUGCUCAGCCUGCUGGUGGCCUCUGUCCUCGCUAGGUACUUCCAGCAAAACAUGAAGAUGGGUCCUCUAGUGGCUCGAGUUAUGAAGAUCCUUCUUCACUUCUAUCUGGUGUUCACCACUGGCAUCACCUUCAGUUAUUUAGUCAAUAGACUAAUGCCAGGCAAUGAAAAUGACUACCUAUUCAAAUUUCUCGAAGUGAAAUUUGGACUUAACACAACAACGGACUUUGUGACCAACCUCCUGCUGUGCCAAGAGACCUUCCAGACUCCCAGCCAGGAUAUGUUCCUGCGUCUGACCCAGGCAUCAGUCCUGCCCUUCUACCUCCUGGUCCUCAGCAUCUGCCUGCUGUCCACCCUGCAGACCAUCUACAGGAGGCUCAGUGGGGAGCCAAUGAAAACCAAGCACGCGCUUGAAGACGGGCGAAUCGGCGAGCAGCCUGAAGUCAUCUAUCAUGUGUUCCACACGCUGCUGUUUGGAGGGCUGGCCAUGCUCUUUGAAGGGAUGAAGUAUCUAUGGACUCCCUACGUCUGCAUGUUCACAGCGUUUGGUGUGUGUUCUCCAGAGCUGUGGAUGACCGUGUUCAGGUGGCUGAGGCUUAAGGCCAUCCAUCCUGUGGUUCUGGCUUUGAUAUUGAGCACAGCAGUUCCAACCAUCAUAGGGUUCAGUUUGUGGAGAGAGUAUUUUCCUCGUGUGAUAGCAGAGCUGUCAGAGCUGCAGGAGUUCUAUGAUUCAGACACAGUAGAGCUGAUGAACUGGAUCAAGACGCAGGCCCCCAUGGCGGCGGUGUUUGCAGGGAGCCCUCAGCUGCUGGGGACGGUGAAGUUGUGCUCUGGCUGGACGGUGACCAGCCUGCCCCUCUUCUCAGACAUCCACCUGCUCCGGAGCAGCGAGGAUACUCAUCAGGUGUACGCUCUGAGAUCUGCAGAGGACAUCUACAAGAUCUUGACCUCCCACAAGACUAACUACGUCAUCGUUGAGGAGUCUUUGUGCAAUGAGCUGAGCCACACCAAAGGCUGUCGGAUCAAAGACCUGCUGGACAUUUCCAACGGCCACGUGGUGUAUGAUAAAGGUGAGAUGUACUCGUUUUCCAAACACGGGCGUUUCUGUCACGAGAUCAAGCUGAACUACUCUCCUUACACCAACUACUUCACCAGAGUCUUCUGGAACCGCUCCUAUCACAUCUACAAAGUCAACUCUGUCAUCUCCUUCCAGUACUGACACACGUUUCUCAGUACAAACAGCCUGGGAACUUUCCCGUGUCUUUGCAGCAUCUCUCAACCACAGUGCAAUGCAAUACUCGUCGGCAGUUGGUGCUGUCAGAGUGGAGUUGAAUAUCCUGUCUCUAGCCUACUUUCAUCUUCCUGGGACAUUGAUGACUUGAUAUUUGAGGCUGACUGACUUUUAUGUGAAUAAUGAGAUUUCUUGGCACAUCCAAACUGGAUAUCAAUGUGAAUCAAUGAAUGUGUCCAUGAUUUUACAGUUUGGUUUUAAAAUGGCCGUCUGUGGUGUUAACUUGUUUUCAGCGUCUCUUCUUGUAGAUGUGAGAGGGAGAGGGGCUGUGAGGUCGAGCAGAGCUCAAGUCUCACGAGGGGGUAGCGAGGGCGGGCUCCGAGGCUACCCAUGCUGCAAUGCUCUCUCUCAGGCUGUGUCUUCUUCAUGCCUUCUGCUAGGCCAGGCUUUGCUGUUGCAAAUCUGCAAAACUGCGCAUUGUAAAUGUAGGUCAACCUGGAACUCUCUUGCGGUCUGUAACUGAGUGAAUCGCUCAAAGAAAUUUAAAAAAGUGUAAAUUGCGAUGGCGUUUCAGGUUAACUUCUUGAACAGGUCAUGGCCAUGUUUGAAAAUUGCCUUUAAUGAUAACAAGAUCCUGAGUAGAUUGAAAGAGCCUAUUUUAAAUUACAAAGCCGUUGUGAAGUUUUGUUUUAUACGCAAUGUUUUGUUUUUCUCAAAAUUGUCAUUAUGUACUGAACUACAGGAACAUUUGCAAAGCUGUUACAUCUGUUUAUUUUUUACGGAAAUGUCAGUGUUAAAUUAUAAAUUGACACUGACUUGCUCAGUGUAUUCAAAAUC